UUUCCCUAUAUAAUUAAUAUUGCCUUCUGUUUUGGCAAACUGAAAAACCGAGAAAGGGGGUGAGGACUUCUUAGCUGGACGGUGAGAGUGUGAAACGGAAAAAAGAUGGAGGGGGAGAAGCGAAAGUCGGAGGUGAACGAUGCCGUUUUGGGAGGGUCCCAGAAGAGGUCGAGAGAGGACGAUAGCGGAAAGGAGACGACCGUGACUGAGGAGGAGGUGGAGGAAUUCUACGCGAUCCUCAGGCGUAUACACGUGGCGAUAAAUUAUUUCAGGAAGGGUAACGUUAAGGGCGACGUGCCCAACUUAACUGAGCUGGAAAGGGCGGAGUGGCUAAAUUUGGGAUCGAACGUUGAAGUAAACGGCUGUAAGAAGAAGAAGAAGAACGAGGAGGAGAAUAUGGGUUUGGACUUGAAUGCUGAUCCGGGUACGGGUUCAGACCCGUUUUAAUUAUUCAUUUAGUCUUGCUGAUAUAUCAUAGAUAUUAGCUAUAUUAUUAUUUUUCUUUUUGAAAAGUUGGAUGAUUUUGGCCUCUUCAGUCUUCUAAUUUUAAUGCUAUUUAUAAUUAAUUUAUGAAGAAAUCAUGGUAUUGCCUUUCUUGCU